GGAGGCUCGUCGAGGUAGUGGUCCGCGCCCCACAGCCGCGUCAACUCGAAACGCGUGUCGUUGUCGCGCUGCUGUCUGCGCUUCUCCGUCUUCUCGCUCCCUCUCGCUGCAGAGAAGCUUCCGUCUGACAGAAAAAUCGCGAAACGAGUCCGGCUACGGGAACCAUCGGACCCGAACGAUCGGAAGUUCUUGAACACGAACCACCCCGGGGUUGGGGUGGCACGUCUUCUCGCUUUCCGGUCGGGAAGAGAAGAGCGCGCGAUUCGGAUAAAGAAAACCUGGCCGUACCGAGCCGCGAGGUGGCGAAGACAGGAGGCAACAUCACUGAGAAGGAACAUCCUCGUUGUCAGUGUCGUUGUCAUCGUCGAGGAUUUUCAGUUACGCUCAAUGAAAAUUCGUCGAUGUACCGGUGCGUAGUGUGCCUGUGACAGGGCUAAGUUCUCGAACGUCCAACCCGGCAUAGUAGACAGUGUACGGUCCGUCUUGUGUCGUGGUUGCGUUCGAUCACAUCCGACUGAAACGAUCCGUUCGAACUGAUCGGACUGUAAAACGGGCAAACUCGUUCGCCGAAGGGUACUCGGCACAGGUGCCAAGAGAAGUUUCCGGGAGUGGUUCCGCCAAUUAUUCUCCGCAGCGAAAAAUUCGGCGAUUAGCAGCUCCACGGCGCAAAGACAUCUUCGGAUACUCGCCACCUGGAAACCCAAGGUGUCGGUACUCAUGCUCUAGUAACAACGCGGCCGUACUGCGAGCGGAGAGGACAAGAGGCAGAACGAUGUGGCGUAUACUAGUCGUGACGGUCCUGCUAGUGGCCACAUCGGUGGGUGACAAGGUAGCGGUUUUGCCUCACGAUGUUUAUCCAGGUUACGAAGUGACGCAGUUCAACACAAAACGUCCGUCGAACUUCCGUCUGAUGGAGAACGAUUAUUCCAACUACUUCACCGUGCUUGGGAACGGUCUGGUGAUGACCACGUCCGACUUAUCACCGCUGGUCGACCAGCCCGUGAAUCUAAUCGUUCUCGAGGAUCUGGCGAACGGCACCGAAACUCAUUUCCUUCGUCUCUACGUGAUUAAUCGCAGUAACAUGAUCACCUUCUCGCACGACCAUCUCGGCGAAGGGGAGGUAACGGAGAACUCUGCGCUGGGCACCUUGAUCGACGGUUUCCCCGUUCUACGCGCAGGCGGUAGCUUCCCAGUCCAUUACGCCAUCUUGCCGGACGAGACCGGGGAAAGAGCAUUCGCCCUUAAAGAGGAGAACUCGAAUCAGACCGGGUUCAAUUUGACGUUGAACAGCCAGAAGGUGGGCGUCAGGGUGGUCACCGCGAAGCCCCUGGACCGGGAGGCGAAGAAACUGUACACGGUCGCGAUAUACGCUUCCGACGGGAACUUUCUCAGCACCUCGCAGAUCAAUGGCGUGGUGCACAUCCUCGACGAGAACGACAACAGGCCGGUCUUCGAGAAGGAGCUGUACACGUUCGAGAUCAGACCGACGGUGCUCGGCUCGAACGAGGACGCCAUCGACAAGAACGGCGUCUCUUUGACGGGAUGGAAACGUUUCUCCACCGUGGGCAAAGUCCUCGCCAAAGACGCCGACGGCGAUAAGGUCGCCUACAAAUUGCUCACGCCCAGUCGAUUGCUGGUCGUUGUUCCGCAGACCGGUGAACUGCUGUUGGCCAACGAGCCGGAAAUCGCUGUGAACGAGGUCGCCGAGUACGUGGUGACCGUGGAGGCUCACGAUGUACGGAGCCCGAGUCUAUCGGCCGAGAAACCUGCGAAGGUUAUCGUUCGAUUCAUAACCUUGGAACCAGAGGAGGUGCAGACCCAUCGGAUAGAGAAACGACGGGUAACCAGAGCCGUCAGGCCAACGAAGAAAGUGGACUUCACCGAAGCGGAUGGAGAUGUCCAGGGGAAGAUCGCGUUCUAUUUGGAGAAAGAAAACGAGAAUGAAACCUAUAAGCUUAGAGACGAGAACAAGUGGGUUAACGUAGAGCCUAAUGGAUCUGUCACCGUACAACAGAAAUGGGAUUACGAGGAAUUAGGGUCGGAAAAGACCAUUGAUUUUUGGGUGACCAUUUCGAAUAUAGGUCGAUGUUUACGGUACCCGCCGUAUACUAGAUGCCCAUUUUACGACACGGACAAUCAGCGUGUCAUUAUCAACAUGAAGGACGUUAACGAUGAACCGCCGUACUUCAUAAAUCGGCCUCUGCCAAUGCAAACGGUGGUGCAGCUGAAUGCACCGCCAAAUACUCACGUGUUUACCCUCCAAGCAAGAGAUCCUGACACCGACGGCAAUAUUCACUACUUCAUUGUUCGAGAUCGGACUGGAGGCCGUUUCGAGGUAGACGAACGAUCCGGCGUGGUACGCACCCGUGGGAACGAUUUGUUUCAGUUGGACAUGGAAUACGUUCUGUACGUGAAAGCGGAGGAUCAGAACGGCCGUCUGGACGAGAAGCAUUUUCAGUCGACUCCUGAGGAGCGAUUAUCGAUCGUUGGUGGAAAACGCCCACCGCAGUUUUAUAUGACCGCGUAUGAGGCAGAAAUACCGGAAAACCAGAAGAAAGAUUCCGACAUCAUAUCGGUGAAAGCAAAAUCAUUCGCUGAUCGUGAGAUUCGGUACACACUAGAGGCCCAGGGUCAAGGUGCAGCAGGAACAUUCAAUAUUGGCCCGACUUCUGGUAUCGUGAAACUCGCGAAGGAACUGGACUUCGAAGAUCUUCGUCAACCCCAUAUUUAUACCCUCACUGUAACAGCUACAGAGGAUUCUGGUGGUUUCUCUACGGCAGUCGAGUUGACUAUCCGAGUGUCGGAUGUGAACGACAACGCGCCGAAAUUCGAACUGCCUGAUUAUCAAGCGCACAACGUGGACGAGAACUUAACGUUGGGAACAAACAUAGUAAAAGUGAAAGCAACCGACGCGGAUUCCGGCGCCAACGCGGAAAUAGAGUAUCUAGUGUCGGACGAUCAUUUCAGCGUCAACACGAACGGGAUUAUAGUUAAUAAUAAGUACCUCGAUGCGGAUUACAACAAUGCUUAUUACGAAUUCGUUGUCACUGCUAAAGACAAAGGUGAGCCACCGAAGACAGGCACGGCGACGGUACGCAUUUACACGAAGAACAAAAACGACGAGGAGCCAAAGUUUUCUCAGCAAGUGUACACGCCGAAUGUGGAUGAAAAUGCUGGACCCAACACUCUUGUUACAACUGUGGUCGCUUCGGACAAGGACGGUGACAACGUGCGCUUCAAAUUCGUCGGUGGUAACACUACGUCGGGUCAGUUUGUGAUCGAGGAGAUCACCGGUGUGAUCCGACUUCACGGGAAUAACAUCUCUUUGGAUAGGGAUAAAUACGAACUAAACGUAACUGCUAUCGACGACGGCGCUUGUUGCCCGAAUGGGCCGUCGACUACGCACACCAGCACGGCUGUCGUCGUUGUGUUCAUCACGGACGUUAACGACAACAAGCCGGUCUUCACAGAUUGCAGAAUGUACAAUCCGAAAGUCGAGGAAGGUGCACCGAACGGUAGUACCGUGAUCAAGGUGCAAGCUACCGACGAGGACAAGGGUGUAAACGGCCAAGUGAAAUAUUCGAUUGUACAACAACCAAACCAAAAGGGGACAAAGUUUACCGUUGAUGAGGAAACUGGCCAGGUUUCGACCAAUAAGGUAUUUGAUCGUGAAGGAGACGAUGGAAAAUUUGUAUCCGUUACUAUAAAGGCAACAGAUCAGGGCGAACCAUCUUUGGAGGGAGUUUGCUCUUUCACUGUUGAAAUCACUGAUGUCAAUGAUAACCCCCCAUUGUUCGACCGUCAGCGAUACAUUGAAAACGUGAAACAAGAUGCAAGCAUUGGUACAAAUAUUCUAAGAGUGUCGGCAUCGGACGAAGAUGCCGACAAUAACGGGGCCAUAACGUAUUCGUUGAGCUCUCCUAACAAUGAUCAAAGCUUGGAGUACUUUGAGAUCCAAUCAGAGUCUGGUUGGAUCGUGUUAAAGAAGCCUCUGGACGAGCAGGUGGGAACGACAUUUUUUGAGCCCCACGUACGGUGUACUUCAACCUCUACGCAUUUUGUGGGCUGUUUUCCACGUGACAGCUAUCGCCUGCGAGUACGGGCCUCCGACAGAGGGAUGCAAGUCUUGCACGCAGACGUGGACGUUGAGUUAGACGUCGUAGACAGAAACAAUAAACCACCUGUGUGGGAUCAGAAUGUAUACGGCCCCAUUCACAUCAAAGAAAAUGUCACAGUGGGUACUAUAGUGACGUCGGUGAAAGCCAGCUCGGGGAUCGAAAAUAAUCCAACGGUGUUUUACCGGCUAAUGCCCGGCUCCACGGCACAGACGAACAAGCAUAACACGUUUUACCUGCAGCAACGUAACGAGCAGUCCGUCACAUGGGCAGACAUCAAGGUUAACCAUCCUCUGGAUUACGAGAGCAUAAAGGAGUACAACUUAACUAUACGAGUGGAGAACAAUGGCGCCCAACAACUCGCUUCUGAAGCAACCAUCUACAUCGUCCUGGAGGAUGUUAACGACGAAAUACCUCUGUUCACCGAACGCGAGCAAGAAACCGUACUUGAAGGCGAACCAAUCGGUACUAAAGUUACACAAGUUCAGGCUACUGACAAAGAUGGCACUCACCCGAACAACAAGGUGACCUAUUACGUCGUGGACAGCAACCGAAACGAGGGAUUGAACUACUUCGAGAUCGACGAGGAAUCCGGCGACAUCUACACCAAAGUAGUGUUCGAUCGUGAGACACAAGGUGCCUACGCGUUGGAAGUGGAGGCCAGGGAUGGUGCAGCAUCGGCGCGACCCAACAGCAAUGGACAGCCAAAUUCAGUAACGAAAUUCAUCCGUAUUGGAAUAGCUGACAAGAACGACAAUCCGCCAUACUUUGAUAAAGGCCUCUACGAGGCUGAAGUAGAUGAAAAUGAGGACAUUCAGCACACGGUUCUCACUGUCACCGCCAAAGAUCACGACGAGUCCUCGCGUAUUCGAUAUGAGAUCACGAGCGGUAACGUAGGCGGCGCAUUCGCUGUGAAGAAUAUGACUGGCGCCAUUUACGUUGCGGGUGCAUUGGAUUACGAGACGAGGAAAAGGUACGAGCUUCGACUUACUGCUUCCGAUAACUUGAAAGAAAAUCACACGAAGGUCGUCAUACACGUGAAGGAUGUAAAUGACAAUCCACCUGUCUUCGAACGUCCGAUUUACGGAACGCAGAUCACGGAGGAAGACGAUAGAACGCUGCCGAAAGAUGUCCUACGGGUCACGGCUACCGAUGGCGACAAGGACAGAGUACAAAGUAUUGUUUAUUUCUUAACGGGUCAGGGAAUCGAUCCUGAUAAUCCAGCAAAUAGUAAAUUCGACAUUAAUCGCACCAGCGGAGAAAUCUACGUAUUACAGCCAUUGGAUAGGGAUCAACCGAAUGGGAGGCCUCAGUGGCGAUUCACUGUGUUUGCUCAAGAUGAAGGCGGAGAAGGUCUGGUCGGCUACGCUGAUGUUCAAGUGAACUUAAAGGAUAUUAAUGACAAUGCGCCAACCUUCCCACAGGGAGUUUACUUUGGCAAUGUAACGGAAAAUGGCACAGCAGGAAUGGUUGUAAUGACAAUGACAGCGAUUGAUUACGAUGAUCCAAAUGAAAGCACCAACGCGAAACUGGUUUAUUCGAUUGAAAAGAACGUCAUUGAAGAAGAGACUGGUUCACCGAUUUUCGAAAUCGAAUCAGAAACUGGCGUCAUAAAGACUGCGGUAUGCUGUUUGGAUAGAGAGCGCACCCCAGAUUAUUCUAUACAGGUCGUUGCAAUGGAUGGAGGGGGGUUAAAGGGGACAGGGACAGCAUCUAUACGAGUGAAAGAUAUAAAUGAUAUGCCUCCGCAAUUUACAAAGGAGGAAUGGUUCACCGAAGUGGACGAGACAGAAGGUCCAGAUUUGCCGGAAAUGCCAAUUCUUACGGUCACCGUACACGAUGAAGAUGAAACCAAUAAAUUUCAAUACAAGGUAAUAGAGAGCAGUGCUUAUGGUGCUGACAAGUUCACUAUGGUAAGAAACAAUGACGGUACGGGAUCUCUGAAGAUUGUGCAAUCGUUGGAUUACGAAGAUCAAUUACAAAGCAACGGUUUUAGAUUUAGGAUACAGGUCAAUGAUAAGGGUGAAGAUAACGACAACGAUAAAUAUCACGUCGCCUAUUCAUGGGUGACAGUGAAAUUACGCGAUAUAAACGAUAAUCAACCACAAUUUGAAAAAGCCAAUAUCGAGACUACCGUUCUAGAAAACACAUCCAUCGGAAACACGCUUGAAACGUUCAAAGCUACUGAUCCUGAUCAGGGUGGGAAGAGUAAAGUGUAUUAUUCGAUCGACAGAUUUUCUGAUCGUAAACGGCAAUUCUCGAUCAAUGAAACCGGCACGGUCUCAAUCCAAAGGAGUUUAGAUCGUGAAGAAACUCCACGACAUCAAGUGAAAAUCUUAGCUAUCGAUGACGGUAUCCCGCCGAAAACCGCGACGGCUACGUUAACCGUGAUCGUUCAAGAUAUCAAUGACAAUCCUCCAAGAUUUUUAAAAGAUUACCGACCAGUGCUGCAGGAGCAUUUGCAACCGAAAAAGGUUGUGGAAAUUUCGGCAACCGACGACGACGACCGAUCAAGGGGCAACGGACCGCCAUUUACUUUCCGUAUGGAUCCGAAGGCGGACGACGUGAUACGAGCCAGUUUCAAAGUUGAAAGUGACACCAAUGGAGCGAACGGAGACGGUAUGGCUAUUGUAUCUUCGUUGCGAACAUUCGAUAGAGAACAGCAAAAGGAAUACUUGAUACCGAUCGUUAUAAAGGAUGUUGGGACUCUUCCAAUGUCUGGGACCAGCACCUUAACAGUUAUUAUUGGAGACACUAACGAUAAUAAAAUGCAGCCUGCCUCGAAAGACAUUUUUGUAUAUAAUUACGCAGGACAAUCGCCAGACACGGAAAUAGGGAGGGUCUAUGUCUAUGAUUUGGACGAUUGGGAUUUACCGGACAAAAAGUUCUACUGGGAAAGUCUGGAACAUGAUCAAUUUAAAUUGGAUGAGGAUACUGGAAUGAUUUAUAUGAAGUCUGGCACGGCCGAUGGUAGAUACCAUUUAAGGUUCAAAGUUUAUGAUAGGAAGCAUACGCAAACCGAUAUUUUUGCAAAUGUAACUGUCACCGUUAAAACUAUUCCUCACGAAGCAGUAUUAAAUUCUGGAUCUGUUCGAAUAUCUGGCAUAACCGACGAAGACUUCAUUCGCGUUUGGGAUUAUAAGUAUCAAACGUUAUCACGAAGCAAAGCAGAAUUAUUCCGGGAAAAAUUGGCGCAUUUAUUAAAUAUAGACGAUAAAAACAAUGUCGAUGUGUUUAGUGUUCAAUUACGCAGAAUGCAUCCACCGUUAACCGACGUUAGAUUUGCAGCCCAUGGGUCACCGUAUUAUAAACCUGUCAGACUGAAUGGAAUCGUGUUGAUGCACCGUGAGGAGAUCGAGAAAGAAGUGGGAAUUAAUAUAACAAUGGUGGGCAUCGAUGAGUGUUACUACGAGAACGAGAUGUGUGAAGGUAGUUGUACAAAUACCUUGGACAUCAGCAGUUUGCCAUAUAUGGUCAACGCAAACAAAACAGCCCUUGUCAGUGUCAGGGUAGAUGUAAUUGCUGAGUGUACAUGUGGAGCACGCAAUUUCAGCAAAGGAGAAUCUUGUCGUAGCAGUCCGUGUUACAAUGGUGGUCGUUGUGUAGAAGGACGAUUUGGAUUAUCAUGUCAAUGUCCCGCUGGAUACAAUGGUCCAAGGUGUCAACAAACUGCGAGAAGUUUUCGUGGAAACGGUUGGGCUUGGUACCCUGCUUUGGAAAUGUGUGACAAUAGCCAUUUGAGUUUCGAAUUCAUUACGAAAAAACCUGAUGGCCUACUUUUGUACAAUGGGCCUAUUGUUCCUCCUGAAACUGAUGAAAUUAUGGUUUCUGAUUUUAUAUCCGUCGAGUUGGAGCGUGGAAUACCCCGACUGUUAAUAGACUUUGGAUCUGGUACCCUGGAAUUGAAAGUGAAACCAAAACGUACGUUGGACGAUGGGGAAUGGCAUAGACUUGACAUCUUUUGGAAUACAGAGACCGUGAAGUUGAUCAUUGAUUACUGCAAAUCUGCUGACAUCUCAGAACCAGAAGAUGGUACACCACCAGAAUUCAAUGACACUAGUUGCCAAGCGCAGGGUACCAUACCACCAUUUAAUGAGUACCUAAACGUGAACGCACCUCUUCAAAUCGGCGGUUUAUAUGUCGAACAGUUCGAUCCAAGCCAUUACAAAUGGAAACACAUGCCAGUUGGGAAAGGUUUCGAAGGCUGCAUCAAGCAUCUGUUCCAUAAUAGCAAGCUUUAUGACUUAGCUCAUCCUGGUCUUUCAAGAAACAGUGUAGCUGGUUGCCCUCAAACCGAAGAAAUCUGCAACAACCAAGAAUCCACUUUCCGCUGCUGGGAACAUGGCACCUGCGUGGGCAACUUCACAGAGGCAAGAUGCCAAUGUAACCCAGGAUGGACUGGUCCAGGAUGCAUGACACCCACUAUUCCAACAACGUUCAAACCACAUAGCUACGUCAAAUAUGCCCUGUCCUUCGAACCAGACAAAUACUCUACUCAAGUGCAAUUAAGAUUCCGUACCAGAGAGGUUCGUGGUGAACUAUUUAGAGUCAGUGAUCAACACAACAGAGAAUACGCUAUUUUGGAGAUCAAAGAUAGCAGGCUGCAUUUCCGGUAUAAUUUGAAUAGCUUGAGAACUGAAGAGCGUGAUAUCUGGCUGACAGCAAUAGCUGUUGACGAUGGACAGUGGCAUACUGUCAGAGUUUCAAGGUAUGGGUCUGCUGCUACUUUAGAAUUGGAUGGCGGUGAAGGAAGAAGGUUCAACGAGACCUUUUCCUUCGAAGGCCACCAGUGGCUACUGGUUGAUAAACAGGAAGGCGUUUACGCGAGUGGGAAAGCAGAAUACACGGGUCUUCGGACAUUUGAGGUGUACGCAGAUUAUCAGAAAGGAUGUCUUGAUGAUAUAAGAUUAGAAGGGAAGCAUCUUCCACUCCCACCAGCGAUGAAUGGAACACAAUGGGGUCAGGCUACAAUGGCUAGAAAUCUAGAACGGAAUUGUCCGUCUAAUAAACCCUGUAACAGUGUCAUUUGUGCGGAGCCCUACGAGUGUAUCGAUCUUUGGAAUGAAUACGAAUGCACGUGUGGAGAAGGAAGAAUCCCAUCGCCAGAUAAUAAAGGAUGCAUGGAUAAGAACGAGUGCAUUGAUUAUCCAUGUUUGAAUGGUGGCAGAUGUAUCAAUCAGGAUCCUCGGUUCCGAUACCGAUGUGUUUGCCCUGACGGUUUCUGGGGUGAAAAUUGUGAACUUGUUCAAGAGGGUCAAACACUGAAACUCAGUAUGGGCGCUUUGGCAGCCAUUUUGGUUUGUCUCCUGAUUAUUUUAGUACUCGUUUUAGUAUUUGUCGUGUACAAUAGAAGAAGAGAGGCUCACAUCAAGUAUCCUGGCCCUGACGAUGACGUCAGGGAGAAUAUUAUUAAUUAUGACGACGAGGGUGGUGGAGAAGAUGAUAUGACUGCGUUUGACAUUACACCGCUUCAAAUUCCUAUCGGUGGACCGAUUCCGGAAAUGGGUGGAAAGUUGCCACCGUGCAAAGUACUUUAUCCACUAGGACCGGAGCCAAAUGUGGGAAUCUUUAUAGAAGACCAUAAAAAGAGAGCUGAUAGUGAUCCGAACGCACCACCAUUCGAUGAUUUACGAAAUUACGCUUAUGAAGGUGGCGGAAGUAUUGCGGGCUCAUUGUCAUCGUUAGCUUCUGGUACGGACGACGAGCAACACGAGUAUGAGUACUUAACAGCCUGGGGUCCCAGAUUCGACAAAUUGGCCAAUAUGUACGGUCCAACGGAGGAGAGCGAGGAAGAGGAAUAAAACAAUACAAGGAAUCUUCUAAAAACUCGUUUGAAUUUGCACGAUCGAUGCACCCCAGGGGAAGUUUAGUGACUGUGUAACCUUGUAGGACGUAAUUGACCUUUAUGGAAUGUGAAUUCGAACAAAACUUUCCAAGGACAAUAGAAGAGAAACGACAACCUAAAAAUUUACACAGAAAUUUACGUGUUCACCGGAGGCGAUGUGUUUACAUUAGAUGAGUAAAAGAAAAACUACUAUGUUCCGUUUAAUAAACCUCGACCAUGUCGUCCACAAACUGCGAUCGUUUCCGGUACAUGGAUGUAAUGUUUCGAUAUCGAUAAAGGAGAAGAUCGGGGCAUGGGGACAGUCAUAGGGGGUGCGUGAACAAGACAAAGAAACAACGUUUCCUGGCCGGCAAACGCAGCCGUUUGUCGAUGGUGAUCUCAGCAAAGAGCUUUCUUUUGGCCCAUCGUAUUAAGUACGACGCGCAAUGUGUAACGUUGUUGCAAACGAGUCGAGUCACGGUCAACCAACGACAUCACACGCGUUAGAAAGCACUGUGUAAUGCGCGUGGAGAUGGUGCACACCUAACUUGUAUAGCACUUUUACGCGUAUACAUAGGGAAGUUGCGAACGCGCUUGUGCGUCCCUACACGCAACAAGGACUUUUCUAUUGUAAUACGGUAAAUCUAUAUACGAAUAUAGAUUUAUUAUAAAUAUUAUAUAUAUACAUACGA